AUGCGAUCCCUGGUCCUUCUGUGUGUGGUCCUUGCCCUCUCUGAGGGCUUCACCAAGCUGCCCUUGGAAAGGGGGAAGAAACUGAGAGAGAUCCUCCGGGACAAGGAGUUGCUGCGCCACUUCUUCCAGCGCCACCGCUAUGACAUCGGCACGAAAUUUCCACAUGCUUUUCCCAAUCUGAUCGACGUGGUUGCUGAGCCCCUGCUGAACACCCUGGAUAUGGAGUACUACGGGACCAUCUCCAUUGGCACCCCACCGCAGGACUUCACAGUGGUCUUUGACACUGGCUCCUCCAACCUCUGGGUUCCCUCCGUCUCCUGUGCCAGCCCGGCUUGCCAGAGCCAUCAGAUGUUUAACCCAUCGCAGUCAUCCACCUACAGAAGCACAGGGCAGAACCUCUCCAUUCACUAUGGCACUGGUGACAUGGAGGGCAUCGUGGGCUGCGACACUGUCACUGUUGCAUCACUGAUGGACACCAACCAGCUCUUUGGCUUGAGCACCACAGAGCCUGGCCAGUUCUUUGUCCAUGUUAAAUUUGAUGGGAUCCUGGGACUGGGCUACCCAAGUCUGGCUGCUGAUGGGAUCACUCCAGUCUUUGAUAACUUGGUGAAUGAAAGCUUGCUGGAGCAGAACCUCUUUUCAGUUUAUCUAUCCCGUGAGAGGAUGGGGAGCGUGGUCAUCUUCGGGGGAAUUGAUGAAGCUUAUUUCACUGGCUCCAUCAACUGGAUUCCCGUCUCUUACCAGGGUUACUGGCAGAUCUCCAUGGACAGCAUCAUUGUGAACAGGCGGGAGAUCGCGUGCAGUGGUGGCUGCCAAGCCAUCGUUGACACGGGCACAUCCCUUGUGGCUGGGCCACCCUCUGACAUAAGUGACAUCCAGAGCGCAGUCGGGGCCAGGCAGAACACGUACGGAGAGUACAAUGUGAACUGCAGCUACAUCUCUGCCAUGCCUGAUGUUGUCUUUGUCAUCAAUGGGAUUCAGUAUCCUGUAUCCGCCUCAGCUUACACUGAGCAGAACAAUGAAGAAGCAUGUAUCAGUGGCUUCCAGAACACCUCUGCGGACCUCUGGAUCUUGGGAGAUGUCUUCAUCAGAGUGUACUACAGCAUCUUUGACCGGGCCAACAACCGUGUUGGACUGGCCAAGGCUGUUUAA